AUGAGAAAUUGGAAGGGCGGUAGUUUGAGGAGCAGCAGUCAGAUCGCUCCUCAGGAGUUUCUGAGUGAACUGAAAUGUGGUGCCACCGAUGAGAGACUGUUUGCCUGUUUGGACUCCCUCAGAGUGUCACUUACUAGCAACCCAGUCAGCUGGGUGCAGAGUUUUGGCCAUGAGGGUCUGGGCCUCCUGUUGGAUACGCUGGAGAAGCUCCUCCUCAAAAAACACCAAGAAAAGGUGGAUAAGAAGAGUCAACACAAAGUCAUUCAGUGCCUCAAAGCCUUUAUGAACAACAAGUAUGGACUGGAGCGGAUCCUUGGAGAGGAGAAGAGUCUGGCACUGUUGGCCCAAGCCAUUGACCCUGGUCAGCCGGCCAUGAUGACAGAUGUGGUCAAACUGCUGUCUGCAAUCUGCAUUGUGGGAGAAGAAAAUACUUUGGAGAAGGUCCUUGAGGCCAUCACCAUGGCAACUGAGGGAAGAGGGGUGGCCCGCUUUAACCCUAUCGUUCAAGGUCUUAGUGUUCGCUCGGUCCAAUUACAGGUGGCUUGCAUGCAGCUCAUCAAUGCCCUCGUAACGUCUCCUGAUGAGUUGGACUUCAGGCUGCACAUCCGAAAUGAAUUUAUGCGCUGCGGCCUGCGAGAGAUUCUGCCGAGCCUGAACGCUGUAAAAAAUGAUGCUCUGGAUAUCCAGCUGAAGGUCUUCGAGGAGCACAAGGAGGAGGACAUGAUUGAGUUCUCCCAUCGCCUGGAGGACAUCAGGAAUGAACUAGAUGAUAUUGGAGAUGUCUUUAAUGUGUUAUACUCCUCUGUGAAGGACACAAGCACUGAGAGCCAUUUUCUUUCCAUACUACAGCACCUGCUUCUGGUCAGGAAUGACUAUUUCACACAGCCUCAGUAUUUUAAGAUCAUAGAGGAGUGUGUGUCUCAAAUCGUCCUUCAUCGUAGCGGCACAGAUCCUGACUUUGCCUACCGCAAACGUUUGGAUGUGGACUUCAGCCACCUGUUAGAGGUGUGUGUGGAUAAAGCCAGGGCUGAAGAGUUUGAACAGAGGGCCUCAGAGUUAGCUCAAAAGCUUGAUGAGGAGUUCCUGGGCAGACAGGAAGCUCAAGCCCAGUUGUUGAAGAAAGAGGAGAAGAUCAAUGAGCUGGAAGCUGAAAUUCAGUCCUAUAGAAACCAGACACCUCCUCCUCCUCCUCUGGCGCUGGGCGCGCUGACAUCCUCCACAAUCCAACUCAUAUUGCCUUUCGGCCUCAAACCCAAGAAGGAAUUCAAGCCAGAGACUUCCAUUAAGCGCCUCAAUUGGUCCAAGAUCUCACCCCAGGAGAUGUCCGAGAACUGUUUUUGGGUCAUCGCCAAAGAGGACCGUUACGAGAAUGAGGACCUGCUGACCAGGCUCGCCAUCACCUUCAGCACACAGAGAGCUGAAGCCAAAGUGUCUGAGGAGAGUGAACCUGUGGAAGAGCCACUCAAGUACACUCGACGAGAAGAUGAGGACCUGGAGGGGAAGAAAUGCAUCAAAAAGAGGGUCAAAGAACUGAAAGUGCUGGACCCAAAGAUAGCACAGAACCUCUCCAUUUUCCUGGGGUCAUUCCGUAUGCCCUACGAGGAGAUCAGGAGAAUUAUUUUAGAGGUGGACGAGGAUCAGCUGACUGAGCCCAUGAUCCAGAAUCUCGUGAAGUACCUGCCUGAUCAGGAGCAGCUGAACGCACUGGUCAAGUACAAGAGCGAAUAUGCCAACCUCUCUGAACCGGAGCAGUUUGGAGUAGUGAUGAGUAGCGUGAAGCGUUUGAGGCCCAGGCUCAACUCCAUCUUGUUUAAGCUGCAGUUUGAAGAACAAGUGAGUAACUUGCGUCCGGACAUCAUGGCGGUGAACACAGCCUGUGACGAGAUGAGGAAGAGCAAACCUUUCAGCAGGCUGCUGGAACUCAUUCUGCUCGUGGGGAACUUCAUGAACGCUGGCUCGCGGAACGCCCAGUCCUUCGGCUUUAACCUCAGCUCGCUCUGCAAGCUGAAGGACACUAAAUCGGCUGAUCAGAAGUCCACUCUGCUUCACUUCCUGGCAGAGAUCUGUGAGGAGAAAUUCCCUGAAGUACUGAAGUUUGUGGAGGAUCUACAGCACGUGGACCAGGCCAGUCGAGUAUCAGCAGAAAACCUUGAGAAGAGCCUGAGACAGAUGGAGAAACACCUGCUACAGUUGGAGAAGGAUCUGGACACUUUCAGCUCCACAGACGACCAGCAGGACCUGUUACACAGCAAGAUGGCAAGGUUCUCUAUGCAGGCGAGAGAUCAGUACCUGAAGCUGGUGAUCAUGCACAGUAAUAUGAUGACCCUUUACCUCAACAUGCUGGAGUAUUUCGCCAUCGACUCCAAGAAGACCUCCGUGGAGGAACUCUUCACUGACCUCAGCAACUUCAGAGCCAUGUUCAUGCAAGCAGUGAAGGAGAAUGCAAGGAGAAGAGAGGCGGAGGAGAAGCAGAGGAAAGCGAGGAUAGCCAAAGAGAAGGCGGAACGAGAGAAGCAGGAGCGGCAGACGAAGAAGAAGAGACUGCUGGAGGUCAACACAGAGAACGAUGAGACCGGUGUGAUGGAUUGUCUGCUGGAGGCACUGCAGUCUGGAGCCGCUUUCAGAGACCGCAGGAAAAGAGCACCCCGACCCCGAGAAAACAUGAAGGCACCUCUGCAAAGGUCACGGUCGCGGCAGAAUAUCAAUUUCAACUCGACACGUGCACCCACUACCAAGGAGCCUCAUUACGAGAGUGAGCCCCAUCCUUCUGCAGCCCACAGGCUGACCCACCGGCCCGAGGGGGAGAGAGAAAAAGCCAGAGUGCGAGAGAAGGAAAAAGAGCAAACUCCGAUGCUUUGCUCAUCCAAUGGUGACACAGACGUGGAGGCCUUGCUGGCCCGCCUGCGUGCCCUAUGAUGACAUCACUGCUUCCCCAGACCUCUCGGGUUUGACCUCUGUAGUCAGUACGGUGACACGGACACAAAAAAGAAACACAUAGCUCGCAGUCACUUUUUGCUAAUAAAUGCCGUCGGGUUGCGCUCAUACACGCAAAGGAAAAGUCUUAAUAAUUAACCUUUCCCAUCCGUCUCCUCUGCCCUUUUACGUCUAACAGCAGACUUGUUGUCCACAGAAGUGCGAGUCUUUGUGCUGGUCGGGUCCAGGAUGAAAACUCAUUGCUAUGUUUUAUUAAGCAGCUAAUUACCAGACUGUUUAGAAUGACCUUUGGUCUUUUUUUUAUGUCAUAAACAGACCAAUUAUUACUCUUUAAAAGGCUUCAUGCUGCUCUUUAAGGCACUCAUACAUGUGUAUUUUCACUUACAUAGACGUUUGACCUAUAACAGUUCAAAUUUAUCAAAUCUAAUUUUCCCUUCCCGCAUUCAGACUUAUUUAACCCUUUCAUAAAACCCCCAAAAUAUUUUUGCAUCCUUAAUAACAUAGCUAUAUCUUAACAUGUUUAUUAUAAAUAUAAAUCACUUUUUUUUUUCAGUGUUAAUCUUUUUGACCUAUGUUUGUAUUCGUGUAUAUGUAUUCAAAUUAAUAAAAAGUUUUAAUAUGCAUGGAAAUCUUUAUACUUAAAAACAAUUACUUGUGUACUUAUUUUUUUCUGUUUUUGAGAUUAAAAAGAAUGUAUUAGUUGGCUUUUGGCCCCCUCAAGAGAGACGGCACUAUGCAAGAGCAGCGGUUCUGUAUUAGGAGAGCCGCUGACAGCAGAUCCCUGAGUGCCAGGAGUAUUUGUACUACUUAGCAAACCUCACUGAUGUAAUGCACACUCCUCUUCUGCACAUUUAUUCUUGGAUCUGCGGCUUUUCCAAAUAACAUUUCCAUUUUUUUUUUUUAUGUUAGACACUCAAUUUCUUUAGUUUCUUUUUGUGUUUGUUUGUCUUGUUGUGUGCACGUGUUUUCUCAUUGUAUAAUUGACUAGUUUUCAUGUUCUUCCUUAUGAUGUUUUCUGUAUUAUUCCUGAUGUGAUUUUCCCUCUGUCCUGCUGUCAAUCAGGUAUGACAUUAGAUUGAGAUUAGCUGUGAAAUCACAUCUCUUCUCUCUCUCUCAUUCUCCCUGGACUUACUGCACUCCCAUCACCUUUUUUGAUUCUUUGAAACAACAUUCCUGUUAUUGGAUAGACAUUAUUGC